UCAUAAACCCUAGUUUCCUUUUUUGUUAAAUCCUUUUCUCCUUACCCAAAAUUGUGGUUUUGACGAAUUUGGGUUUUGCGAGAGAAGAAAUGGAGAGCCGAAUUCUGGAAAACUGGAACAUUCAUCGAUCUUAACUCGGCACAUUAGUAAGUUGGGAGAAAGUUUGAGACUUUAUCAUGUCGUAAUCUCGAAUUUGACCCGGUUCUUUCUCUUAAUCGCAUUUCCUCUAAUGUAUUCUUCGAUACUCUAUGGAAGAAGGUCUCUCGUGUUACAGAAAUGGCCUAAUCUGAGAGGUUCAGUGAAAAAUGUAUUCUCUGCUUUUCCCAGUUCCUUCUUCUCCGCUAGUGCUGCUGAUCUAAGCGCUCCUCAAGAUGGUCGAAAAGGGAGCAACUUUACAGUCUCUUACCUCGUUGAGUCACUGGGGUUCACUACGAAACUCGCAGAAUCGAUCUCGAGGAAAGUCUGGUCCGAGGGAAAGGGUAAUCCUGAUUCUGUUUUGAGCCUUCUUAGGAGUCAUGGGUUCACAGGUCCUCAAAUCUCCAGCAUCGUUAGCGCUUUCCCAGGAUUGCUCAUAUUAGAUGCUGAGAAAUGUAUUGGUCCCAAGCUUCAGUUUCUUCAGUCCAGAGGAGCUUCAAGCUCUGAGCUCACUGAGAUUUUUUCUAAAGUUCCAAAGAUCUUGGGUAUCAAAAAAGACAAAGCUUUCAGCGUAUACUAUGAUUUCAUCAAAGAGGUCAUAGAAGCCGAUAAGAGCUCCAAGUACGUAAAGUUGUGUCAUUCUUCGCCAGAGGGUAGUCAGCAGGAGAACAAACUCAGAAAUGUAUUGGCGUUGAGGGAAUUGGGUGUGCCUCAGAAGCUGUUAUUCUCUAUGCUCAUCUCUAAUUUCGGUUCUGUAACUGGAAAAGAAAGAUUUGAAGAAUCCGUCAAGAAGGUUGUUGACAUGGGCAUUGAUCCGACAACCUUAAAGUUUGUCGAUGCUCUACACGCUGUUUACCAAAUGAGCGACAAAACGAUUGAAGAAAAGGUAAACGUCUAUAAAAGUUUUGGCUUUGAUGUCGAAGACGUAUGGGCAAUGUUUAAGAAGUGGCCGAAGUUUCUGAUUUACUCGGAGCAAAAGAUAGUGGACUCCAUUGAAACAUUACUAGGCCUUGGGUUCACCAGAGAUGAGUCUGCUAUGAUGUGCAAGCGCUUUCCUCAGUUACUUGGAUUAUCUGCUGAGUCGGUGGAGAAGAAGACUGAGUUUCUUGUGAAGAAGAUGAAUUGGCCACUAAAGGCUCUGGUUUUGUUUCCUCCGGUAUUUGGAUACAGCAUGGAGAAGAGGAUUGUCCCAAGGUGUAACGUAAUCAAAGCUCUCUUGUCCAAAGGAUUGCUUGGAAGUGAACUCCCUUCUAUGCCGUGUGUCUUGGCAUGUACCGAUCAUGCUUUCUUAAACAAGUGUGUGGUGAAGCAUGAUGAUCAGCUGGUGCUUGAGUUGAUGGCUAUCUUCAUCGAACAUCGUGUCUCAUAGCAUAGUAGGCUUGUCAAAGUUGGUAUUUUUUUCCCUUUUAGUUUUAGAUUCCGGCAGUGGAGGCAAUAUCAGAGAUUUAGAUUAUGAUUCUAAGCUUUUGUGAUCUCAGUUUGAUCUCCGGA